GCGGGAUAUGACGUCAGUGGGGGCGUGUCAUGUUGUGCGUGUGGCUCCAGAGAGCGGGGUGACAGACUAGAAUGGCUCGUGUAUGGCUCUAAUAGUGUUACUGCGGAGAGGCAGGAGCCGCUAGGAACCUCUAUCUCAUUUCAUACACUGCAAUGGACACUGAUGUAGAAACACAAGAGACCACCACAACCAGCUGGACUGACAAAACCCCACCAGAGUGGCAAGCCUACGUGAACAAAGAGGUCACUAUUACAGCUGACGAGAAGAACGAAUACCAAGGAUGGGUCGUCACAAUUGAUCCAGUGUCUGCAAGUGUCGUCCUCGUUACCUUUGAUGAUGAUCAGAAGACAUCUGUCCGCAUAGUCAUGGGGCACGCAGUACAGAAAGUGGAAAUACUAAAAGAAUCAGAUGAGGCCACCAAACAGAAACUUACAAGUCUCUUCAACCUUCAGGAAAGCAGCAGCACCUACAACAAGGACGAGCUGGAGACCAAAAAGCUCAAUCUGAAGACCUGGCUGCAGCAGAACAACAUUCCAGUUACUGAACAGGGGGAGACUACGAGGACAUUGUGUGUUGCGGGUGUAUUAACCAUUGAUCCUCCGUAUGGCCCAGAAAACUGCCACAGCACUAAUGAAAUUAUAUUGUCUCGAGUACAAGGACUUAUACAGGGUUAUAUGACUAGCCAAUAAAAUAGACUCUCCCUCCCAA